AUGGAAAAGUAUUUUAAUUUUGAAGGUGCGACAGAAGAUAAGAAGAUAUCUGACUAUAAAAUUCUUUUUCUUUAUGGUGUAAGUAUUGAGAAAACUUUUCAGAAGUACAAAGAAACCACUGUUCAUAGAAUGGAGCGUGAUGAGACUGUUAAAAAUAGUGACAUUCAGUAUUGGCAACAAGAGGCAAGGAAGCUUAGGCAGCAAUCCGAGAGACUUAGAAACAGGAUCAGGGAACUAAUGGGAGAAGCCCUUACACCAUUAAGCAUUUGGGAUCUCCAGCAGCUUCAAAAUUUACUGGAGAACAGCCUUGGUUGUGUAAGAUCAAUGAAGGAUGAAAGGUUAAGUGAGGAGAUUGUCGAGCUGCAAAAAAGGGAACGGCAUUUACAAUCACAUAAUCAGUUUCUAUUGAACACGAUAGAACGAAGCAAAGGCACCAAAUGUAGAGUAGAGCUGGAUAGUUUAGCUCAAGGGAUUGCACAGAAUCUGCUCGCUAUUAAUUCAGGAGAAUCUCAGCAAUACUCCAAUGGCAAUAAUGUAGUUAUUGAAACUGCUCUUCAACUUGGGUAA